UUUUCCCUCAACUCUACACAAAGUGUAGACACCCCACUACUGCGAGUAUACACAACCUCCGACCACCAUGUCGUCCCUUCUCGACGCUGCUCUUAACUCAGAUGCCGCACCUACGCCAUCCAGCGAUAUAGGUGCUGGGCAACGUCAAUCUCGAGUUCGAUCCUCUUCGAGACCUCGCGCACCCCCCUCAGACAGCGCGGGCGCAAACAGUGACAUUGAAGGUUACGCAGACGACGAUGUGGUCGAGAAAAUACCUGGUAGAAGAACGAAUGGCCCCAGGACGGAUAUCCCUAAGGUCGUUGAUGUGACGGGAGAGACACUCUCUUUGCGAUUUCAGGAGUUCCUCGAGAGUUACACAGAAGAUCCUACAUCAUCAGUAGCGGCGCCGCAAUCCAGUGUUCCCACGACGGAUAAGUACUAUAUUGCUCAAAUCGGCGGACUGCGUUUAUACGGACUCUCUACACUAUACGUCGAUUACACACACUUGCUCAGACAUGAAGACGGUGUGCUGGCUGCCGCUAUUGCUAGCGAAUACUACCGCUUUCUUCCGCACAUGAUUCGUGCUCUACACAAUCUGAUUGCAAGAUACGAGCCCAAAUAUUUCCAACAACAUCGUCAGCCGCCUUCCACAACUUCCGUUUCCGCACCCUCGAAUGCCGGAAACGCUACAAGUCAGAAUGAAAGUGUCAUUGGUCAGACCGCGAAUCAGCAAACGGAUAAGAUUUUUACUCUUGCGUUCUACAAUUUGCCGCUUGUUUCGCGCAUUCGCCAGCUCCGAACGUCGUCUAUCGGAAGCCUUCUCUCCAUCUCCGGCACCGUCACACGUACGUCUGAAGUCCGGCCCGAACUCUCGAUGGCAACUUUCAUAUGUGAGGGUUGCAAUACUGUAUUGCCAAAUAUUGAGCAGACCUUCAAGUACACUGAGCCGACGCAAUGUCCCAACGCCGUGUGCAUGAACCGAGAGGGCUGGCGGCUUGAUAUCCGGCAAUCUACUUUCGUCGAUUGGCAAAAGGUUCGAAUUCAGGAAAACAGUUCCGAAAUUCCUACAGGUAGCAUGCCUCGAACCAUGGACGUCAUUCUCCGCGGAGAGAUGGUCGAUCGUGCAAAGGCUGGAGAGAAAUGCAUAUUCACGGGUACUAUCAUUGUUAUCCCGGAUGUCAGUCAAUUCAGGGUACCUGGCGUACGGCCACAGGCGACAAGAGAUACAUCAAACGUAGCUCGAGGAAAUGAUGCUGGCGGAUCUGGCGUCAGUGGCUUGAAGGCCCUUGGUGUUCGUGAUUUGACCUACCGGAUGUCCUUCCUAGCCUGCAUGGUCAGCCCUGAUACUUCAACCCCAGGACAAACAACGAACCACCACAUGCAAGGACAGGCCGGGAACAUAUUAGCGUCCCUAAACCAAGCACAGGCAAUGGAGACCACAGCGACAGGCGAAGAGGCACAGGCAGAGUACCUAGGCACUCUUACUGGCGCUGAAAUCCAGGAUCUCAAGGAUAUGGUCCAUCGUCCCAACAUCUUCAUGCGCCUUGUGGACUCGAUUGCUCCUAUGGUCUAUGGACAUCAAGUUAUCAAGAAAGGCUUACUACUCCAGCUAAUGGGAGGUGUGCCAAAAGAGACGCCCGAAGGAAUGGCUCUUCGUGGUGACAUCAACAUUUGCAUCGUUGGCGAUCCCUCAACAUCCAAGUCACAAUUCUUAAAGUACAUUUGCAGCUUUUUGCCUCGGGCGGUUUACACAUCCGGAAAGGCCUCAUCCGCUGCUGGUCUCACAGCAGCCGUGGUCAAGGAUGAAGAGACUGGAGAGUUUACUAUUGAAGCAGGUGCACUUAUGCUUGCAGACAAUGGUAUCUGCGCAAUUGAUGAAUUCGACAAGAUGGAUAUUGCUGACCAAGUUGCUAUCCAUGAGGCUAUGGAACAGCAGACCAUCUCUAUCGCGAAGGCCGGCAUCCAGGCAACAUUGAAUGCACGAACGUCCAUUCUCGCGGCUGCAAAUCCGGUUGGCGGUCGGUAUAACCGUAAAACUACUCUCCGCGCGAACGUGAAUAUGUCGGCUCCCAUCAUGUCCCGUUUCGAUCUCUUCUUCGUUGUUUUGGACGAAUGCGACGAGGCGAUCGAUCGCCACCUUGCCGAGCACAUUGUCGGCAUCCACAAAGACAGGGAUGAUGCCGUGGAGCCUGAGUUCAGCACCGAGCAACUGCAGCGAUACAUCCGAUUCGCUAGGACAUUCCGACCCGAGUUCACGGAGGAAGCCAAGGUGACUCUCGUCGAGAAGUACAAAGAGCUGAGGGCAGAUGAUGCACAGGGAGGAAUUGGCCGAAACAGCUACCGAAUCACUGUUCGUCAGCUUGAGAGUAUGAUCCGUCUCUCUGAGGCCAUUGCAAAAGCAAACUGUGUCAGCGAAAUCACUACGGAUUUCGUCAAAGAAGCGUACAAUCUUCUCCGCCAAUCCAUCAUCAGCGUCGAGAAGGAUGACGUUGAGGUUGAGGAUGAGGAUGAUGAGGCUAUGUUAGCCGCAGCCGCAGCUGCUGAGGCAGAAGAGCAAGGCGAAGAUGCCAACAUGGCAGAUACUAAUGAGGAAGCUGAUGCAUCGAGGGCGCGAACCGCAAGCCGAACACCAGCGCCACCGCGCGAGAAGACGAAGAUUACGCACGACAAAUACAUUGCCAUGCGCAAUCUCCUUGUCAAGCGCGUCAACGAAGAUCAGACAUCUACAGAGGACGGUGUUGAAGAAGAAGAGCUCCUGGUUUGGUAUCUCGAACAGAAAGAAUCAGAGAUGGAGACGCAGGAAGACCUCGAGAAGGAGAGGUUGCUUGCGAAGAAGGUCUUAAGGAGACUGGUCAAGGAUUCAUACCUUAUGCAGAUUCGCGGCGAAGGUCUUGCAGAUGAACAAGGCCAGGGCGCUCAAGAGGGCAGGACUGUCUACGUUCUACACCCUAGCUGUCCAGUGGAGGAUAUUGUUUAGCGUAUUACAACUAUUAGCAUGUCAUGCAAAUGUACAAAGCUUACGAAGCAUUGGAGGGAUGAGGAAUUGGCGUUCGAUCUGAUCACAGAAAGGCAUACAUCGGUUAUAAAGGAUCAUAGCGAGAGUAUAGUUAUCACGUUAGCUGAGAUAGACAUAGCUACAACAAGCUUUUACGAACAGUAGAACGCAAUUAAGCC